AUGUACCACAAAGAUGAUCUUCCUUUUGAUGUUCUUUAUUUGCCUGAUAUCUUUACUCAGUUUCGUAAGUAUGUGGAAGCCAAGUGUAGGAUCAGAAGCUCCACUCGCAUUCCAAUCUCUCUAGGGCCAACACCUUAUGUUGAUGAUUGGGGAGAUGUUCCAACUCUUAGUCAACUUGGAAUUGAGCCACAAGAGGUGAGCAGAGGAAUGCGAUUCUUGGGUGGAUCUUUUUUAAGUAUACACAGAGACAAGGACAGAAUGUUGGGACCUGAUUACUCGACUAAAUUCUCUCCAUGGAUUGCCGUUGGGUGUAUCUCUCCUCGCUUUAUCCACGAAGAGGUGGUCCAAGAAAUGUGCAAGGUGAAUGGAGUCGAGAUAAAAAACUGUUUGAGUCUUGGAGAGAUGGCAAGACCGGUGACUGUUCAUGAGUGGUUGCAUAGGUAUCCCAUCAUACAUGCAAACAUGAAGGAGCUAUCCACUACAGAUUUCAUGUCAAAUAGAGGCCGACAGAUUGUUUGUUUGUUUCUUGUGAGGGACAUGGGCUUGGACUGGAGGAUGGGUGCAUAA